UCUGCAUCGCCACUGCUUUCCAGCUACGUCCAGCUACUACAACGCAAAACAAUAUAGAAAAAUGGCUGAAAAAAGACACGAAGAAUACCAGUACCUCGAUCUCGUCAAGGAGAUCUUGGAAAAUGGUGAACACCGUCCAGACAGAACCGGCACCGGCACAUACUCGAUAUUCGCUCCCCAACCUCUCAAGUUCUCGCUAAACAAAGGUGGAAAGCCCAUCCUCCCUCUCCUCACAACAAAGCGCGUCUUCCUCAAGGCUGUUGUCGGUGAGCUCCUCUGGUUCGUAAAGGGCAGCACGUCGUCGAUUCCACUGAGCGAAGCUGGUAUCAAAAUCUGGGAUGGCAAUGGCUCGCGCGAGUUCUUGGAUAACGCUGGUCUUGGACACCGCGAAGUUGGUGAUCUCGGGCCCGUCUACGGAUUCCAGUGGCGUCACUUUGGCGCAAACUACGUCGAUGCGAAGGCUGACUACACUGGCCAGGGCGUCGACCAGCUCGCCGAGGUGAUUGAUAAGCUUAAGAACAAACCCUACGACCGAAGAAUUAUCAUGUCUGCCUGGAACCCACGCGACUUGAAGCUGAUGGCCUUGCCUCCAUGCCACAUGUUUGCCCAGUUCUACGUCUCAUACCCUCGCGCCAAGCGUGCCAACGGUACCCUUGCCGAAAAUGGAGAUAGCGAGGAGAAGCCGAAGGGACACUUGCACUGCCAGCUCUACCAAAGAUCUUGCGAUAUGGGUCUUGGUGUGCCAUUCAACAUUGCUAGCUACGCGCUGUUGACCCACAUGCUCGCUCGUGUUUGCGAUCUUGUGCCUGGUAGCUUGACACAUGUCAUGGGUGACGCGCACGUAUACCUUGAUCAUAUCGAGCCUCUCAAAGAGCAACUUGAGCGCGAACCUAGAGAUUUCCCCGAUCUGGAGAUUAAACGCGAUGUGGGCUGCAGCAUUGAUGGCUGGGCGGCAGAGGACUUUGUGGUUACUGGCUACAACCCACACAAGUCGAUUGCCAUGAAGAUGUCUGUGUAAUAGCGAUGGAGACCUUGGGAUAUGAAACGAAUAGAUGAUAAAAGAGCCGGUAUAGAAGGUUACAAAACUGGUCGCUGUUCCAUCAACUGGACAGUGUAUUACGGGAUUAACAAACACUCGGCUUGGCUAAGACGGCCCAAUGCCACUAUUGGAUACGAAUUACACAUUUAAUACAAAAUCAAAAGAUAUCAACUCGGUUUUCAUUUUAUACAUGAUAUAUUGAGUGGUGUGUAAAUGCUUAUGCUUCGUAUGCUUUCAUUAAUCAUUCAUUACGAGCUCGUCUCGUAUUUGCUUCUCUUGCGAAGCUUGUCUCCCCACAUCCAGAAACACCAUGGAAUAGGCGCCAUGAUGACGGUAAUGAAACCUAAUAAGCUCGAUGCCCAUCCAGCGCCAAGAGCCAUAAACAUUUGUAGGGCGAAUAGCGGGAAAGCCGCGCUGAGAAUAUAUCGACUGAGCAUGAGGGCACCGGAAGCCGAUGCACCGUACAGGGGUCCAUAUGAAUCCAGCAUAAAGAGGUUAGUACUGGCGUAAAUGAGUAGAGAGCUCAGCAUCACCAAACCCUGACAAAAAAUAGGCACUACAGGGUUCACUUGAUACUGUGCUGUCCAGCCCACGGCAAACAGGCUUAGGGGCAACAUGAUGCUUCCUACUAACGCGCCAAUCAAACGACUUUCACAUGGUAGAGCAACCUCAUCGCCAUUCUGUGCCUGCCAUCUAGCCAGUCGAGGCUGAUAAAACUUCAUGUCAAUAGCAACAAGUGGAAUCGACGCAAUGAUGGUUCCGCCUAUCAUACCAAGAUACGCCAGCGACGUGCCCGUCCCAGUAAACCCGUAGUAAUUGCUAAAGAUCCACGGCACCGACACAACAAAUGUGUACAGAAGACCAUAAAGAAAGCCACAGUACAAGCUCACCAGCGUAACAAUGGGCUCCGUAAACAACAUGUGAAGCGGGCGCUGAAUGAGCGUCGUGGCAAAGUACCGAAACACACGACUCGCCGAUGUAAGCUGCGACGCCGAGUCCACCAGGCCAAGUCUCAAAGCACGGCGGCGCAGGAUAAUCUUCUUGUACGUCUCUCUCGUAAACAAGAUGGGGAUGUACGCAGCAGCAGCAAACAGCACAGAUGCCCACUGCGUCCAGCGCCACCCACCAGCCGGUACAAUAAAGCCACCGAGCAACGGGCCCAGCGCGGCACCUACCGAAGGAAUGGUAUAGUAGACGCUCAAGCUCACGCCUCUGUAUCUGCCGGGUGUAAAGUCGAGCAUAGUCGCGGGCGCAUUGUUAAUGAGCGGCGCGGCAAACAUGCCCGCAAAGAAGCGGCAGACAGUCAGCGCAGUGAGGCUCUGCGCAAAGCCAGCGCCGAUGGAGAAGAGCAUAAAGACGAGGCCGGAGACGAGGAGUACCGCUUUACGGCCAUAUGUCUCGGAGAGUGGUGCGCCGACGAGGGGUCCGAAUGCAAGCCCGAGGUUGUAUAGCGACAAGGGUACAAUGGCAAGCUCGUGGCUACAGUUGAAGGUGGCAGCGACGUCGUCCUUUGCGGGGGCGUACAUGGCGCCGGAUACGGUGCCAACCAUUGCAAUGAAAGUGAUGGCAACGGUGGAGUAGAUGCGGAAGGCGAGCGAGAAGUUGCGCGGGUUGUCUUUAUCGUCGGGGCCCAUCCAGUCGUAGGCCCCGUUCAUGGAGCGUACAGCAUGCUGGAUCUGGAUCUGUUCUUCGUCAAAGGUUG